AUUUUCAAAGUUGUCCCCUCUCUACUCCACAGCACAGCACUGCACUGUUCACGAACAAACCCUAACCCUGAAACAGGAAAAUCGAGUCAUGGGUGUGGAAAAGGAAAUUCUGAACGCCGGCACCGGUCCCAAACCAGUACCCGGACAGAAAGUCACCGUCCACUGCACUGGUUUUGGUAAAAAUGGUGAUCUCUCUCAAAAAUUCUGGAGCACCAAGGAUCCGGGGCAGAAGCCAUUCUCUUUCCAAAUUGGUCAAGAUAAAGUUAUCAAAGGAUGGGAUGAAGGUGUGUUGGGAAUGCAAAUGGGAGAAGUUGCUCGAUUACGGUGCUCUCCCGACUAUGCCUAUGGCCCUGGCGGAUUUCCAGCAUGGGGCAUUCAGCCCAACUCAGCUCUGGUUUUUGAGAUUGAAGUUUUAAGUGCGGAGUGACUGGCAUAUCAGAUUUAUUGAGUGAUUGAGGAAGUUUGGUUACUUAUGUUUAAUAAUCAAGAUUGUUGAACAUGCUACAUGACUUGUUUGGGAAAUGAUUACGUGUGUAGAAAACCAACAUCUUUUAUUGAUUUUCAGAUUGUUAAAAAUGGAACCCUGCCUUUGUAAUUGUGGAAUUUUGAUACUAA